CCAACCGACCUGCGCACCGAGUUCAUGCGGAACUCUUCGCUCUCCCCAAAACUACGUCUUUUCGCUGGGAACCACUCAUUCAUUGAAAUUAUUACCAUUGAAAUGAUCAUCAUUGCAAUCUUUCUGGUAACGAUGUCAACUAGCUUCAUCGAAGCAGUGGAGGUACAUCAGAAUACUCGAGCGCCCUUCUCCCAUCGACGCCAAUAUCAAGGGGUGGAUGCACCCUUUCAAGGAAAUCAUCGUACAGCUAGCCAAGAAGGAUAUGCAAAUUCUCGAGACAACAAUCAAAUAGAGAAAAAUCUGGCUUACAAACCAUUUGAAUCAGCUCCGAACCACAUAAAACGUCUGAUCUAUGACGCCUAUGGCCCCCAGCAAACUUACGUCAACCCUCAUGCCUUUUUCUACAAGAACUACGUCGGACUUCCUGAUGAUUUCCUGACAUCGGGCGACCAGCACGAAAGAAGACAGGGUCAGGAGGCUCUAGAGACAGUUGUCUCAUCCACAGCACAGCCAAUCUCUUACAGGACAGGGUAUCCUCAGAGAUCUGAUGCGGUUGCUCAAGUUCGCUCCAAUAUGCUCCAAAAAGGUGGGAUCAAGUACAAGGAAGGCCACAAUCAGAAUGACCAGCCACAGUUGUUCUCGCCACAUCGCAACUACGGCUUAGUCAAUUCUCUACGAUCUCACAGGAACUCAGAGCAGAUGAAGAGGUCCCCUGACCCGGAAGUAUCUGAAGACGAAGAGAAUCAAGAGCACGCUAUGCCUCCUGCCAUUCAGACUCUUCUAAAUUAUCAAGCACAAAUUCCGUACAAUGUUCUUGCCAAUCACAUUGUUUUCGAGACGAAAAAACCUUUCGUGCCGAAACCUCUUCCCCAGGACUUGAAGAGCUCAUCUCAGUAUCCGAGUGAAAUAUUCUACAUCAAAGCUGAUGGACAGAUUCUCGAGGAGGUCCCUACGAUGGGAGUCAGUGGCGGGCAGAUCAACUAUAACAAUUCAUGAAGGUCAUGAAGUCAAUUAUUAGAGACCAGUGAUGGGCACUCAUAAGUCUAUUUAAACGUUAACGCUCAAUAAAAAGUAUUAAUGUUAACUGUUUACUUCUUUGGAAAUAAAUCGAAAGUCUUAAAAAACUUAGCACUCGAAACUUCUUCAAAUUUUAAGUCUCGGAGGAUACAAUGACUUCACUUUUGUCAAGUACGAAUUCCCUUGGGUCUCAGAAUAGGCUAUUUUUUUAUCAAAUUUGCAUUCCAAGAGGACUUGAAACUUUUGUAAGCUCCUAGUCCUUUUGAAUUUAGAAUUUGAAGAUAAUCGUAUAUAUCGUAUAUAAUUAAUCGUACUUCACUAUUCAGGUUAUUCAAA